AACCGAAAACACAUAUUAUGAAUUUCCAUUUGACACUAACUGCAAGACAACUCCAAAUGCUGCUUGAUGCCAAAACUUUUCAACAAAAUUGCGCUAACGCCAAGUAGGAAGAGGUGAUUUUUAUAAUUAAUCAAAUUUGGAAUAAACCUUUUUGAAUGACUUCGUGAUUUGACAAUUCAUUGAAACUUUAAUACUUUAAUGUCCCAGCCCUCUUUAUUAAUAAAUAUAUCCACCGGAAACAAGAGCUUAUAACGUGAAGAAUUGGCUUACGACUUUGAUGCUUUUCAACUUUUUCAAUGUCGUCUUAUCAGUAUUUCACUGAACGCACCGAGUAGACAUGCUAUGAGAAAGCGAUAACUGGCCAAUAAAACGGGGAGACGUGGAAUAUUUUAAACCUGUUGUUGAUAUGCGGCUAUUUGAGAUAAUUUAAUAGUACUUUACGCUAAUUUUCUUGGUAUUGGCGUAUUAUUUGUGUAAAUCCUCGGAAAGGACGGGGAAGAUUUCACUUUGAUAAUAGCGAGUGUGCUUAAAUUUUAACAAAAUGAUUGGUAGGGCGCUAAUAAAAGUGCUAUGUUUGUUGGUACUAUGGUCAGUGGCAGAAGGAUUCACUUCGCAGGAGGUGAAAUGUCAUGUUUGCAAGGCGACGGUACAAGAAUUGGAGAAUGCAAUUUCUAAGGAAGAUCCAAAUAAAACAGUUGACGUCAGUGGAUUUCGACUUGAUGCCAAGGGAAAUUCUAUAAGUAAAUCCGUUAAACUUGUUAAAUCAGAGAUGUAUCUAACCGAGUUAAUGGAAAAGAUUUGUGAUAAAAUGGAGGAUUAUGUUAAAGCUACAUAUAAAAGCAAUGGCAAGUUCACACUUCUUAAGAUGAUUGUCGAUGGAAAGAUGAAUCCGGAAUCAUCGCUUGUGGACUUUGUCCAAGAUGGUGAUUUAAAUAAAAGUCUUGGCCACUAUUGUUUGGAGAUACUCGACGAUCACGAAGAAAUCAUCAUAAAAGCCUUACAAGCUCCAAAACUUAGCGACGAUCUGGACUCUCAAAUUUGCGGAGCUCAGGCGAAAUACUGCCCUUUCAGUCCCAUUCAAGAGGAGUACGACUUUGAUGAAAGGGAUGAAUUAUGAUAACGAUGAAUUAAGUUGAAUUUAAAUACUAGUUAAAUUUUUGUUUUUUAAUACAGCAUUAUAUUUAUUUUGUACAAACACGUUGUGUUAUAAUUAACA